AUGGAGGCGUCAACCUUGCCCGCCGAGCUUGUGACUGCUGUACUGCAAGAGAUAAAGGCGAAACGGCCCCUUUGCCUGUGCUCCUAUCCCCUCAAUGACCUCUCGCUGGUGGAGCGUCUCGCGGCUUCCCCGGCCGGGACCCUGUCCUCCACACAUCUCGCCUGCCUCCACGGAGUUUUCUACUUUAUCCUAAAAGAAUUCACCUUCUUUCAACACCCGCUCACCCAGAAAUUCGACCUCAAAGACCUCGCCUCAAAAUGCGAACAGCGCUUCGACGCCCUCCUCCAGACAUACAGUGUCCUCGGCGCCCCGAGCUUCGGCAACAUCCUCGCCCUCACCCUGGGAACCCUCAAAGCCCAAAACCAAUGCAAGCCACUGCAAGCUUGUACCUUGAUCUCCGCCGCAGCCAGUCACUGCCAGACCCUGGGCUACAACCACGACUCGACGCACGAAAACUCGUCGAACAGCCGCCGGUUGUUUUGGAGCGUCUACAUGCUUGAGAAACAGUUUUCAUUCUUCUUCGGGCGUGCGUCCGUUAUGCAGGAUUGUGAUGUCGAUACGGUCUAUCCGAUUUAUGCGCCGAAGAGUCCUGGCCGGCCUCGCGAUGAGCUGUUCAUUAAAGAGGUGAAGUUGGCAAAGAUGCAGGGUCGGAUUUGGAAGGAAGCUUUCUCGAAGGAGUCGCUGGCCUUGUCGCACUCGGAGCGCGAGAAGAGGAUCGAGACGCUUGCAAUGGAGUUGCAGUUCUGGUACGCAAAGUUGCCGGUUACUAGCACAUACGAACCCGAGAGCCUCCAUCUGUUCAAUGUAGCCGUGGAGACUUGGGAGACCAAGUAUCACUCGACCUUCACGGCUCUGCUCCGGGCUCCAGCUGCCUCGCCGACUUCGAAUGGUCAAGAUCGGAUGACAUGGCUUGAGAGACACAUUACGUCGACCACAACGAGUCAGGGCUCUGGACAAAUGCACAUCAAGCCAGAGUGUUUCAAAACGGCUCGCGGCGCAUUGCAGUCUUAUCUAAAGUGCAUGCGUACUUACCAAAAGGUGCUUGACUAUCGUCCAGUAUUGGCUGAGGGGGAGACGGGGGUGUACACAGAUUGGCCCCUCCUCUCGACCCUCCUAACCCCCUUCAUAGCCAUAACCCUGCACUCGAUUGCCAGCCACUCUACUUCAAGCCCUAACGAGAAAGGCCCUCAAGAAGAGAAAGAAAAAGACCUCACCCUCCUCAACAACAUUGUAUCCACGCUCGAUCCCUUAAAGUCCACUUCCCCGGCAACAACACGUCUCUACAAACUCACCUCGUCCCUCGCGAAGAUCGCGAAUGGUCUUAACGACCGACGCUCGUCUGUAAGUUCGCAGGAGGAUUUAUUAGCGUUUGCGCGAGGUGGCAGCGGUAAACGACAAUCUGCGGCGGCGUCGGUUUUCAGCUUUCAGUCGGGGUCGGAAACGCGGUCGUUGUAUCAGCAGGUUAUGGAUACGGACAUCAUGGGAAUUUUGGGUGAGGGAGAGGCGGAGGAGGUUUUCAGGGUUCUAGAGGGGUGGAUGGGUGGUUCGCUGAAUGGGGUGGAGGUUUAUGGCGGGUGGGAGGAGCGCCUCUAG